CUUUGAUGCUGCGUGCCCAGUCCAGCAUCAUUGGCAACAUCCCCAUCAACAAAAACUGGGGCAGCCCCUUGCUUCUGUUCGGCCCAAUUUUCUGCUCAAUUUGUCUCAGCCCAGCUGGCCUGCUCCUAGGCCCUCCUUGGCUCUAUAUCUGCAAUACAUUCCAGCCUGACCCUUUGCUGGAACCCAGUUAGAACAGCAGCCUGACCACUUUGGCAUCCCGCCACUGGUGCUACCCAUUACAUGACGAGUCAAUCGUCUUUGGUUGCUCAUAUGGAGCGUCCUUCUCCUUCUAAUGUUUUUUUGGCCGACGAAUCAGAGAAGCUUGUAGAAGCCUCGAAGAAGGGGAAUUUAAUUCCUCUGUCUCGGAGCAUAUUCUCGGAUCAUCUAACUCCUGUUCUUGCUUACCGAUGUCUGGUUAAGGAGGAUGAUAGAGAUGCUCCAAGUUUUCUGUUUGAGUCAGUUGAGCCGGGUUCCAACGACUCCAAUGUUGUAAGCGUCCUCAGCCCCUUGUAUCAUUUGUAUUUGUUUGCAUCUGACUUUAGACAAUAAUAAUCACUUACAAAUUUUUGGUGUCAAUCAUUUGUUAU